UAGAAUCUUACUCGAUUAUUCGCCUCCCUUUGAAGUACCCCACAAUCGUGCGCACGAUUGUUUACAGAACGCCAGCAGAAUGUAAUAUCUUUCUGCAGCCUUCAGCUGGUGAGUUUGCUUUUAGUUAAUUAAACUUUGCAGCAGCAAACCACACGCUCAACUCACUUGCCCUAAGCACUACUACCACGAAUCUGCAUGCAUACUGCACGCUGCACAUAUGAACGGUAUAGCAAUUUCUCUCCUUAUCAGCACAAACGUGCAUGUUUGUGCAUUCCGAGAAAGCAUAUCGGGCUUUGCUCAUUAUCGACCCUGCACUGUAGCGUUCGUUCUCGGGGUUGCGAGGGACAGAAGUUUGUAGAGAUGAAAAUCAUAAGCCACAUUUAAUUUCGCCUUGUGAGCCAACUUCCAAGACUUUUGAGCAUAUAUAGGAGCGCUUGAGCGAGGCGUAUGUGUGUGCAUGAGUGGCUGAGCGGGGCUCGUUGUUUGGUAGGUUAAAAGGUACGGUUUUAACCACACACCGGAACUGACGAGUAACGCACACGCUUUGGCUUUUUCAAGUUUCGUGUACAAGUUUGAGACACAGGGAAUACAGGGGGAAAGUUUGUUUGGUGAGUUUAUUUUUCGGUUAAAAUUUCCCCAGUCCAUCCGUCGGCUUGGCUUGGUGCGGUGUUUGUUGCCAAAUUUGUUGUACAUUUCGUACAGUGGGGAGCUUUUUGUGGCUUAAACUUUGGCUUUUGGGUUAAGACGUAACUGUACGUGGAAAGAUUUGCACGAGUGCGUAUUUGCUUCAUUUGAUUAGCAGAAGUGAACGCUUAGCGCAAAACGUUGUUUUACGUUUGUUGGAUAACAUUUUCUUCUUUCUAUCUCUUUUUAACAGCUAACUAUUGUGCGUUGUGCAGCAACUAUCCGAAAAUUUUGUGUGUGUGCGGUCGUACAAGUUGGAAAAGUUCAUCAGUUUUAAUCACCACACCUUCGCUGUUUGCCGGAGGAAACACCUCAUGGGUAUAAAAUCCAACCAUUGAAAGUGAAGCUGUCUAAAGCUGAACCAUAACGACUGAAACUGCAGGGUACAUCUUUCACUCAAACACACACACACACACACACACACACACACACACACACACACACACACACACACACACACACACACACACACACACACACACACACACACACACACACACACACACACACACACAAACCACACGUAUGGUAAACGGUAUGGCGUGCGAUUAAAUUUAUUCAAAAUCUCUGCUCGCUUCGCUCGGUUCGCUUCACCGUUUAAACCCGCACCGGAUAAAAAUCAAACCCAUUCAAACAAGGGAAAGGUGAUAGUUGAUUCCGGCAUUUGCAUAAAUCAUUCGCCAAGGUACGUGACUUACAUCGCCGCUAGUGCCAAAUGGUGAACCAACAGCGGCAGCCAAUCUGCGGUGCAUCAUGGUGGUGGCUUCCCAUUAUGCUACUGCUAGCAAUAAGUCAAACCACCGGCGCGACACCGCCCUCCAACGACGACUGGUGGCAAAGGACGGUGUUCUAUCAGAUCUACCCGCGCUCGUUCAUGGACUCGAACGGGGACGGGGUGGGCGAUCUGCGCGGCAUAACGAGCCGGUUGGAGCAUCUGAAGGAUGCCGGCAUUGGUGCGACCUGGCUAUCGCCCAUCUUCCGAUCGCCGAUGGUUGACUUCGGGUACGACAUUGCGGACUAUACCGCCAUCCAGCCGGAGUACGGGACGAUGGAGGACUUUGAGGCGCUGCUGGCGGAAGCGAAGCGGCUCGGCAUCAAGAUCAUCCUGGACUUUGUGCCCAAUCACACGAGCGACCAGUGCGAAUGGUUCCGGCGGUCGGUGGCGCGCGAACACCCGUACACCGAUUACUACGUGUGGCAGGAUGGGCGCGUCGACCCAAACGGUAAUGGGACGGCCCGUUUGCCACCGAACAAUUGGCAAUCGGUAUUCUACGGUUCCGCCUGGACGCUGCAUCCGGACCGCGGUCAGUACUAUUUGCAUCAGUUUACCGCCCAGCAGCCGGAUCUGAACUUUCGCAACCCGGCCGUGGUGGAGGAGAUGCGCGAGGUGCUGCGGUUCUGGCUGCGCAAGGGUGUGGCCGGCUUUCGCAUCGAUGCCGUUAAUCAUCUGUUCGAGGCGGACGGCUUUCCGGACGAGCCGGAAACGGGCACGGACCGGGAUCCACUGUCCUACGGCUUUACGCACCACAUCUACACGAAGGAUUUGCUCGAAGACUACGAUAUGGUGUACCAGUGGCGAGCGCUGCUGGACGACUGGAGCCGCGAGCAUGGAGGCGACGCUCGCAUCAUAAUGACCGAAGCGUACGCCAACAUUACCUUCACCAUGAAGUACUACCACGCGGAGGAGGACGACGGCGACCAGCCGGACGGUCAACCGCAAGCCGCUGGAGGUUCACACAUGCCCUUCAACUUUCUGCUCAUCACCGACCUGAACCGUGACUCGAGUGCGCAGGACUUUGUGUACACGAUACAGAAGUGGCUCACGUACAUGCCGCGGGUGGGGGCCACCGCCAACUGGGUGCUGGGCAAUCACGAUCAGCCGCGCGUCGGCACCCGGUACGGGGCGGAGCGGAUCGAUGCGAUCCACACGCUGCUCCUGACGCUGCCGGGCAUUGCCGUCACGUACUAUGGGGAGGAAAUUGGCAUGGUGGACAAUCCGGAUGCGAUCAGCAGUGAUGGUGGCGAUUCCGUCACUGGUGCCAGUGAUGCAUUCAUCGUGUUUUCACGCGAUCCGGAAAGAACGCCGUUCCAGUGGGACGGUACGGCGAAUGCGGGCUUCUCGAGCGGCCCAACGACUUGGUUGCCGGUGCAUCCGAACUAUCGCGAGUUGAAUUUGGCUGCCCAGCGGCAUGCUGAGCGGAGCCAUUACAAAACGUACCAGGCGCUGGUGGCGCUGCGUGCUCUCGAAACGUUCCGGAAGGGUUCGAUUCAGCUCGUGCCGUACUCGAGCAGUGUUGUGGUGUACGUGCGUGAGCUGGCGGAGGCUGACACGUUCGUGGUGGUGAUCAAUUUGGUUGCGGGUGAGCGUACGGUGGAUUUGGUGGCGGUGUUUCCGAAGCUUUCGGCCGAGCUUACGGUCGCUUCGAGUGGUUCCGCGUCAAAUUAUCGGGUGGGAGAUAUCGUUCAAGCGGACAAGCUGAUCGUGGGAGGAUACGAUGGACUGGUCUUGCGAAGCGUGCCACUGCUGUCCAGAGCACAGCGAAACCUCGAUGGGGAGCGGCACCCAACGGCAGCCAGCGUCUGGAGUGCGGUAAAGGACGCUGCAGUAAUUGCGUCUAUCAUAAUUGCGCUCGGUUCCAGCUACUACGGGCUGCGGGCACCAUGGCAAAGCGUGGCAAGUGGACUGGCCGGGGGUAGUUUAAAAAAAUAAUGACAUCCACAAGCGGCCGCCAGGGACAGUGGCGCAUUAACGAUGGUUCGGGAAGGACGGACUGCUUUCGUGCGCCCGGCGCUGGCAGGACUAGGGAGAGGGAGAUUCAAACACGGAAAAGGACGACGUCAUGGCACACUUUCAUGCGAAGAAGUCUUACAAUUCAAAUUACGGUUAAUUUCUUUCCUUCACAGCGCAGCGCAGUAGGCCCUGAGGAGUAGUGUUUGCGUAUUUGUUAGUGUUUUGCGUGUGAUGUUGAGUGUGUUUGGUUAAUUGCACAAUAAUUUAGUUGAAUUUAUACCGUUCUGCAGUGUGAUUUGUGUGAAUAAAUGAAUUUCUUUGAAGGCAAAAUAUCGUAGUAAAAACCCAAAUAUUUUCAAUUUAAUACUUUUUUUCAGGUGUAUUCUGUAAGGUUUCGUGC